GCUGACAUCACCGGGAAGGUUCGCCUCGAGCGCCGAGAGCGGACAUGUUUUUCUUUUCUUCAUCACCAGCAUUGAGCUGGCGUUUUCCUUCGCCAUCGCUGUAUAUAUAUUAUCUUAUCCUACUAUGAUUAUCCUACUGUGUCCACCAUUAUUAUCUUUAAUUGAGACUUAGGUCAUUGUCCCCGAUAGACCAUUCUCACCAUGUCCUCUGUGCAUGUAAAUGGGAGUACCGGAACAGGCAUCCUACGACCACGCGCAGUGCGGCCAAAACAUCAGAGCGAAGACCAUCAUCUUACCCCCUCUGCGAGCGUAGAUAGAUUAUCCUUCGAUAUAUCAAGUGGCCGGUCCACCCCUAUUCCGGAAGAUGCUCCCCCAUCCGUACAAUCAAUAUCAUGCGCAAGGAAGCAGAUACGAGCCCAGGCAAGUCAAAGGUUGUUCUACUCAAUCGAUUACAAACCUAGGGUAUCUCAUUUCGACCCUGAUAGCGAUUAUCGAGAUUUCCACGGCUUCUUCUCCCUUUUUUGGGUUAGCUUGUUUAUCAUGGUCAUGACCACGGUUGUGCGAAAUAUAAAAGACACUGGCUACCCAUUACGGGUACAAGUGUGGUCACUGCUGUCAGCGAACGUUUGGCAACUGGCCCUGUGUGAUAUUGUUAUGGUUUCGAGUACCGCACUAUCUCUUCCGCUCCAUUUAGUAAUCAGGCAAAGUCAAGGUUGGCUAAGAUGGCUAAACGGAGGAAUGAUAUUGCAAAGUUGCUUUCAGAUCGCAUGGCUCACUUUAUGGGUGGCCUUGCCAUUCCAGCUUAAAUGGGCUUGGACUGCUCAGGUGUUCUUUAUCCUACACACAUUAACUCUUUUGAUGAAAAUGCAUUCCUACGCCUUCUACAACGGACAUUUGAGCGAGACAGAACAUCGCUUAAACGGUUUGGAUAAGCCGGAGGCCAGUUCACUCUCUGCAGCUGUUCGUUAUCCACGGUCCGAGAGUCAAACAAUGGAAGAGAGUACGGAAUCAGAUAACGCAAAGGAGGAUGAAUCCCAGCAAUCGCUUUCUAAACUCCGCUCAGAUCUUGCAAUGGAAUUAACUUCUCCUCUCGGUCAAGUCUCAUACCCCCAGAACCUGACCGUGUACAAUUAUGUGGAUUAUCUUCUCUGUCCAACGCUGUGCUACGAACUAGAAUAUCCACGUACGAAAGAAAUACGAUGGAUGGAGGUUUUCUUUAAAACAUUGGCUGUUUUUGGCUGUAUAUUCUUACUUACCCAUGUUAGCGAAGAGUUCAUCGUUCCAGUUCUAGACGAAUCUGCGGAAAGAAUGCAAGUCCUGAGCAGCAAAUCUGAGAAGGCUCUGGUCCUUGCAGAAGCUAUUAGCUUCCUGCUACUGCCUUUCAUGAUAACGUUUUUGUUGGUGUUUCUUGUCAUUUUCGAAUAUACCCUCAAUGCCUUUGCGGAAAUUACACGUUUUGCCGACCGCGAAUUUUACGCUGACUGGUGGAACUCUUGCGAUUGGCUGGAGUUCUCUAGGGAGUGGAAUAUCCCGGUCCACCAUUUCCUUCGGCGCCACGUUUAUUUCUCAUCUUUAACUCACUUUUCCAACUCCAAGGCCAUGUUCAUCACAUUCUUGGUGAGCUCCAUUGGACAUGAAUUGGUAAUGGCGUGUAUCACCAAGAAAAUUAGGGGGUAUGGCUUCCUUGCCAUGAUGAUGCAGCUGCCCAUCGUUGCCGUGCAGCGUUCGAAGUUUGUUAGGGGACGAAAAGUUCUUAAUAACGUUUGUUUUUGGGUUUCCAUGAUUAUCGGGCUCUCCCUUAUGUGCGCACUUUACGUCCUCGUCUAGAUACCCUCCAAAGUACCAUCUUAUUUUACGCCUAACGACCUAGGAAACCGCCAUGAUUGUAUUAUUCCGCUUGAAGUCACCAUAGAUGCCGGCUCACAAGCACUGUACAUGUAUAGCCAAGCCCGAAAAGCAAAUUGGAAUUUUUAUUUUUAUUUUUAUUUUAGAAAGGGGGUAAAAAACAGAAAGGAAAAAAGCUUAUAUCC